GCAACUCCUCACAAUCCCUAUAUCUGUGGGUUAUGACACAUGAAUGAAAUUAAUAUUUAGUCCUAACAGUUUGGCAUUCCCUAUCUUCAAAUUAUUGUCUAACCUCAUCAGUUCACCCAAAGCCUUUGAUCAUAAUAUUUCAGAUCCUUUUGAUUAAGACAGAGUCCAAUCCAAAGCUGAAGCAGCCUUCCACCGCAGACCUUCAGCCUCACUUCAACCUAAAAUGAAUUAAACUGAUAGAAUUGAAGUCUUCACGUCUCUCCCUCUCGCCUUAUCUCUCCAUCGCGCAUGCUCGUAUCUGAACCGGGAUUUCCAGAAGCAGGAGGUCCGCCCGUCAGCGAGUCAUGGAUUCCCAGUGAGAAGAGCGGCGCUGCGGCUGACAGGCAGGUGGAACUCGAGCGUGAUGGCGCUGUGCUCUGAGGCCGGUGUCCCCGCUGCAGGACCAGAAUCUUCUGGUAGUGAGGGCUCCAGCUGUCUGCAGUUUGGCGUUCGUUCUUAUCUGCAUCACUUCUAUGAGGAAUGCUCCUCCUCCAUGUGGGACAGAGACAAGGCUGAGCCGGGGCAGAGCCAGAGGUCAGGCCCCUGGUGGAACUCGGUUGUCUGGAAGGUCUCCCUGGCUCUGGGUCUUCUGAUUCUGACCGCUGGUGUUGUCUCUCUAGGAGUUAGUUACUCCACCACCCACAAAAUUGAGUCAUUCGGAGAAGGUGAUCUGUUCUUCGUAGACACCCAGGCCAUCAGUUUCAACAUGGGGCUUCACCUCAGCACUGUGACUGGGAUUGGCCUGUUGUGCCUCGGCUCUGCCCUGGCAGUAGCUGCAGUCAUCGUGUGGGUUGUCCCCAGAGCCAACUUGAAAGAGAGGCUGCUCCAUGGAUCGAGUGAGGGGGACCGGAGACGAGAGCCUGGGUCAACGAGGAUGGCCGGCAGGGAUGUGGUCACUAAGCCACCAGACGCACAGGAGGGAAACGUACCCUUCACCCUGUCAAAAGUGAAAAUGGUGCAGCCUCCUUCCUAAAACAUAAUCUUGCUGAUGGUACAAGUUUAGAUCCGAUCCUGCAGCUUUGUUUGUCUUCUUUUUCAUUCUUCGUCCUGCCAGGUGGAAAUGCAAGCAAAUACCAGUUAGAUGCCAUAAAAGCAUCACCUUAUUUAAUAAGAUCAUUAAAUAUUUUAUUGAAUAUAAACUUCUAUUAGCAGAAGACCACCCAAAGGUUUCUCAGACAUCUGGUAACACUUCAGAGAAGAACAAUUACCGGUAAUUCUGUGUGUGUGUGCAUGCAUGCGCAGCUUCAGGCUAGAUUUAGGCAGGCUGUCAUCUGCUAAUAGUUAGAAUGAGUGAAAGCCAAUACAAUGUCCUUUUAAGAAGAGAUAUGUAGGAUUUUCCAUCCAUCCAACCAUUUAUCCAUCUGUUUUCUAAAACCACUUAUUGCCUUUUGAGAUCACAGGGUUGCUGGAGCCUAUCCCAAUUAAUUUUCCUCAAAGGCAGGGAACAGUUUGGCUCAAUGCUAAGGUCUUUAAAAAGAAGAGGAAAAGCUGCCCUCUGUGUAGUACGACAAAUAAGCUAAAUCUUCACAGUCAUUCCGCUGUUUGAGAAAUAAACUGCAUCCACUGCUGUUUGGCAUAAAUAUGCUUCAGUACCAAAAAAAUUGAAUAUCUUUAUAAAUUAAAUAAUGUGUUGCUUUUCUUCAAAGGACCCUUACAUUAUUGAUCAUCUGAGGCUUUACCUGCCUUAAAUCUGCUCUGAUCAGAUGAUUCUAACAAUCUUCAACAUCAACAAAAUGAGAUCACGGGAGCAUAAACCAAGUUUUGUUCAUCAAUGUAUUCUUUUACCAUAAACUGUGAGUAUAGAGACAAACAGCUUCAAAGAGAGUAGAAUCAAUGACAACGGUAAUUAAAAAUUUCACUAUUCUUUGUCCAACAAUGUUCCUUUUCUUUUCUCUCUUUUUAAAAAGUUUUUCUUUCUUUUUAAAUAACAAGUUUCAGAAGUGAUUUUAAACAUGUUCAUUUCUUUAUUGCUCUUGUAGAAAGGGACACAUACAAAGUAGCUUGUUUGAACACUUCCACAUACAUACAUCAACACUGAUGGAGACAUAUUCCGCCACGUGCUGUCACUCACUCAGUCACACACAUUAAUACUUCAUUGACAGCAUCACCCAUUUUCUCCCCAUUGUAAUCUGGCUCUGUAAUUGUCUGCAAUCUGUGUAUCCAGGCAACAGUUGUGCUUCAAGUGUCAAUUUUGAACAGUGAACAAAGACUCCUCUGUGAUUGGUCCCUACACUCCUCUCUCUUUAUGAUCAAACCUAUCAGAUGUUUUGUUUACUGUCAUGCACAGCAGUACUGAGUAUGAGGUGAGAGGAAAUUACAAGGGCACCUUAGAGCACACUCUUCCACUUAGUUAUUUUAAUAGUCACAAGGCACAAUGGACAAAAAUAGGUUAAAACAGCCGGUCAUCAGUAUCCACAUGUACAAGGUGCACUUUUACCAGUGGUAAUGUUGGAGUUUCACUGUUUUGCUGUCUGUUUUAUUCAAGGUAAUGGAGUGAAAAGUAAAAGGUCAAAAUAAAAUGAAACCUGCAUAUCCCA